CAGUCACAUGGAGGACUGCUAGUCUUUCGUUCUCAGAAUCAUCUUCUACACCUGUGAGGAAACAUGCAGACCGACUGAUUUCUGCUGUCGCUUGUUUCUUACACUUGAGACUUUCUAGAAGGAUUUUCUUUUUUUUUUUUUGGAUAUAGAAUUUAUUUAGGAGUAAUUUAUUUUAUUUAUUAAUUUUUUUUUUUUUUGGACUUUAAUUGAUGUUCUUAUAAACUUGGAUGUUGCCAAUACUUAGUGGAAUUCCAAAUUGAAAGUGUUGCCGUGCAAACACUAUUGAUUUCUGAAACAGUUUUAUUUUUGCAUUGUUUGAAGCAACAACAAAAAUUUCGAGUGGGAAAAAAAUUGCUCUACUAGCACAGUGCGCUCUGAACUCCGCGGAGAGGAAGAUAUACUUGAUGCCUUAGCGAAGAAGCUUAACUCGGUGGACAAAUUGUCAACUCGUGUUCUUGGGUUUUUUACCAGUCAUAUUGUGUUUUCAUCAACAUUUCCUGCAAUUAGUUACUGGUGGAUAAUUUUGGAAGAAAAAAAGUGGAAGUCCAUAUCAUUAUCUUCCUGCUCCAAUUGAGAGAGAUAAAAAACACUACUGUCAACAGAACUACCAAGGAAAAAAUAUUUGUGGACCAACAGAGAGGGAGAGUCAAAGAGGAGUUUGUUUUAUAGUAUCAUGUUACUAGGAGAUUCACAGACUGAUUUUUCCAAGAUGUCCAGUUUGAAAUAUGACAGUUCCCACUCCCCUGUAGAAACUUCACCAUUCUAUGCCUCCUUCCCCCCUCAUCCUUCCUUCAUGCACCCAGCCUUUUCACAGAUUUAUGGAAGAGGGGUUUCUUUUUUGGAGGAGAAAUUCAAGAGGGAGGACCCUCAUCUAUAUUCCCCAUCAGACAGGACAAAGUCGGACCUUCCACUACCCCCUCCCCUCUGCCUGCCUAGCUCUGAGCAUGCCAAGAUGCUGGAAUUGGAUUUGACCCACGGUCAGUACCGAGUGAGUGAACGACACUCGCCCCUCAGCCCGUCCGAGUACUACCGCCGGCGAGACAUUCUGAGUACGGGCAGUAGUUCUCACUCCAGUCCCACAUCCUCGCAUUCUGGAGAACUCAAUCUGUCGCGUCAUCAUCGGGGACAGAAAUCUGUGUCAGAGGGUGGAUCGUGUGAGGAGAAUGGCAUAAUGGAGAGAUGUGAUGAAGGCGCUGUAAAUCUAUCCUCAGGACGGGAGACAACAGAGCGCAGUAGUAUGAAGGACGAGGAAGUUAAGGGACACUCCCCCCUUUGUCAAGAGGCUGAGGACAAAAGCCCGGCUCACCGAGUCCUCAGUUCCCUUUCCCCCACCCCCAACUCCCCCACCUCUAGCCAAAGUGCAGCUAAACGCAAGGUCAAGUCCAACAGUGCCAUCGAGCUCAAUUCCGGCAGCCAGCAGCCUCUGAUGAUGAUGGCUGCUCAACACGGGUUGCUCCCUCAGCAUAUGCAGCAGUUGCUGCAGCAACAAAAUCAGGGUCUAUCCGCUCAGCAACAGAUGAUGCAGCAUCAGACAGCAAUGUUGCAACACCAGCAGCAGAAAUUACAAGAACACAUCCUCCAAGAACUGAAUGAGCAGCUUCAACUGAAUGUCAUUCAGCAAUCCCAGCUGAUGCAGGGCACCUCGGACAAGAAUAAGAACAGUAAGCAACAACUUCAGCAGCUGGCUGUGCAACAACAGCAGCUCGUGCAACAAAUUCAGCAAAUACAGCUCCAGCAACGACAGUUCCUUCUAGCAUGUCUUGUACAACCAUUUGGAGUCCCACAAGGAAUGAUGUCCCCAACAGAAAUUCAGCAGCUGUGGAAGGAAGUGGCCGCCCAAUCGGGGCUUGAGGGAGGAGACCCGAAGUCGCCAUUCAACGGACUGACCACCCCAAACCCCCCAACCCAGGGGCACUGGCCCAACGGGCUGUCACCCGACGGAUUCUUACCUGGAACAGGUCUCAUGAAUCAGCAUCCUAUUUCCAUUGACACAGAAGAAAAAUCAGGGUCAUCUAAAACAGGUUGUCUGUUUCGGCAUGGACGCUGUAAGUGGCCAAACUGUGACACCCCAUGCGAAGAUCAGGGAGAAUUCCAAAGACAUUUAGCCACAGAGCAUCAGUUGGAUGACCGGAGUACCGCCCAGGCCCGUGUCCAGAUGCAGGUGGUCAGCCAGCUGGAAAUCCAGUUGGUAAGAGAGAAAGAACUGCUUCAGGGUAUGAUGCAGCAUCUCCACAUGAAACAGCCUAAGGCUAAACCAGACCCUCCAUCCCCACAGAAAGCUUUUCAUCCCAAAGUUUCUACGCCUGUUCCCAUUUCCAUGGCAACAGUGACCUCCCCUGUGGUGGCCGCCCCCAGCCCGCCCAAGCCAGUGGCAGCCUUGUCUUCCCCACUGAAGCAGGCCCCCGUCUCAUCUGUCUCAGCCCCACCCACCCCUGUACCCAUGGUGACGCACCCUAUGUCCCUUUCCCUGGGGAUCCCCCCUUCCAUGGUGACAUCACUCUCCAAGCCCCCCACACCUCAGUCCCACUCACAACCAUCAACGCCCACCGGCGGUGGACCAAUGAGACGUCGCGUCUCAGACAAGUGUAACCUCCCGAUCUCAGCCGGCACCUCAGAGGAAAUCCAAAGAAACCGUGAUUUCUACAAGAGCACUGAUGUACGACCUCCUUUUACGUACGCUUCAUUAAUUCGCCAGGCUAUCAUUGAAUCGCCUCACAAACAGCUGACACUAAACGAGAUCUACCAGUGGUUCCAGAAUACCUUUGCUUACUUCCGACGCAAUGAGGCGACUUGGAAGAAUGCGGUGCGACACAACCUUAGUCUUCACAAGUGCUUCAUGAGAGUUGAGAAUGUGAAAGGAGCCGUGUGGACCGUGGAUGAGGUGGAGUUCUACAAACGACGACCUCAGAAACUCGGAGGAAAUAUGCCUGUCAAAGAUGUAAAGAGUCCCUCAAUGAAUGCUGAACCUGUUAUUUUCGGAGAGACUUUCAAUGCCACCUUAAGGGCUGCCAUUGAACAGGCCUCCAUGUUAAAUCACCAGUACAGCAAUGGCUCCAUGUCUAUGGAUGGAGUAGAGGAUCUGUCGAUGAAGUCCAACAGGAACAGUAGCUCAGACAACCUGAGCAAGUACGAGUCCCCCUCACGAGACAGUUUCAUUGAUGUCAAAGAAGAAAGCUCAGAACGAGAUGACACAUUCCUUGAAAAUGGUCACUCAACCGUGAACAGUCCCCUCUCUGUGGCAGUCAAGGGUGACGACUCCUCCAAACAAGCCCUGGAUCUGUCCCCUAGGAACCAGUUUGACAGCGAGGUAUCCCUGGACAGCCGGGGGGACAAGGAAGAUGCAGGUUGUGAACAGGGUCUAGAUCUGUCCCCCCUCUCGAGGUCACCAAAGUCCAGUUCACCCAUUGGACAACAUUCAUCCAAUCAGGACACUCUCUCAGUGCCGACAUCACAGGAUGUGAUGAUGACCAAUAUGUCCGAGCUGGGAUCCUGACUGUGACAAGCGGUCAGAAUAGCUUCUCUGUGGACAGUGUGUUGGAAACUUUUUUAACGACUUUCAUUCUGUAUUACAGUUCAGUCAAACUGAACCUGUUCCAAUAAUUAUUUAUGAUUUCAUGUAUAAUUUUUUUUUUUAGACCUGUCGGAGAUCUUUGUCGCCGAGUCAUUAUUAUCUCUGUGGCCAAUCAAAAGUUGUCUUGUUUUUAAACAUUGUUAGUUUUAUUUUAUUUUUUUUUCUUUGAGUAGAAUAUAUAUUCAAGUGCUACUGUUGCCUGUUAUUCUUCCUUGUUUUAGUGUUAUAGAAUUUGGUUUUUGUUGUGUUUUGCUUCAAGUUACAUAAUUAUUAUAGUGUAUUGAAUUGCAUGACAAGUUUUGGAUUUUAUUUUUCUGUUUGAAAUGAACCAGUUUUCUCUCUCUAUAUUCCUACUUUUCAUACAACCUGAUUAAGAGAAUAAGGCUAUUUUUUUUGUACAAAAUAAAUAAUUUUUCAGUAUAUUUUUUAAUGUUCAGAAUACAAUUUCAAUUAUUUGAUGGUUGGGAUUUAUUUUUAAACUUUUGCUUUGCUGUAUAUAUUGUGUUUUUUAAAAUAUUUGUUUUUGUGUGCAAUAGGAGAACUUAUUCUCUUCUGCAAUAGCAUAUGAAAUUUUCUCGAGACAAAAGCAGAGACCUGAUAUCAUUGUUAAGUGAAUUUUACUUUAAAUAAAUUCACUCUCAUGUUUUCUUAAUUAGGUUAUUUUUAAAAUAUUUUACAUAUUCAGAUAAUUUUUUAUCAUGAUUUCACAAUAUCACAUGAUAAAAAGUUUUGUUUUUAAAAAUUUAAAUGCCAAAAUAUAUUAAUAGGGGGUAUUUUUCACCUCUUUCAAAAUAUUAGUUAUUUUGGAACCAUUAUCUGGGGGAAAAAAAGAAAAUUUAAAUUAUUCAGACAUAUGAUAUGGACAUUACUGACUAUUUUUGUCCAGUAUUAUUGAGAUAUUGCUUUAGUUUUAGACCUUUGAUGAAAAAUACAAUAUACAGUGAUAAAGGGCAUAAUAUUCAUGGUACACAACUAAUGUUCAAAACAUGAUGUAUUAUUUUUGAUCAUGUAAGACCUAUGGUGACGUAUAUCAUAUUUAAUGUUUGUAUAUAUGUUGACAUACCUGGUAUAACAUAUGAAUAGAAAUGGCAUUGAUGAUGUUGACAAAUCAGCACAGGUCUGUCUUGUCAAUAUGGAACCAGUAUUUGAAUCAGAUGUACAUAUAACAUGGAACGUGUGUUCACUCUUAUCAAAAGGUCAACUGUAGGCUACAGAAAUAUCAUCCAGCUUAUUACCCAGUUCUGUAUUCAUUUUUUUUUCUUUAUCUUCCAUAGAUAUUUUUCUGGGUCUUUCUCAAAUUAUGGCAUCCAAGAAUUUUUUUAUGAUUUUAAUGAUUUUUAAAUGGAGCUAUCAACUGAUAAAUUUUUAUAACUACCCUUUGAUUUCCUUUAAGAAAUCUCGCAGGCUUUUCCCCCCUUUUUUUCUGAUAUCCUGCAAUGUACAUAGACUCUCUUAGAUAAGUAUUGUAUAGGUGUUGUGUAUUUGCUUGCAAGGUCUAAUUCUCCAUGUUAUCAGGGGCCAGAACCCAGACUCAUAGUGUAAAUGCACACGUAAUUGCUCCAGUUUUAAUUUGUUUGGUUUUUUCUCCUUAGUUUUUUUGUUUUUCUCAAAAUAUCACCAUUUUCUUACCAGACCAAAAGAAUGUAUGUUAUUCAGGGAGCUGUAAGAACAGCUAUAUGCCUGUAGAAAAUGCAUAUUACAUAAUCAUCUGCCUUAUCUAGACAUCAUGCAGAUAAACUUAUUUAAGAAUAAGAAUGCUGUAAGUGAUUUUUCCAGAGGGAAGUUCUCACCACCCUCUGUUCCUGACGCUAUAUUCUGGCUGUACGACAUUGUGUUUGAGAGUUUGCUGCCGAAUACGUGAUGCUCAGAAAGACUGUAUGUCACGGAGGUGAAGGGGAAAUAACUCCUCUUGUCAUUUUUAUAACAUCCCUGAUUCAGCUUAUGCAGGCGUUGUUCAAUAUUCAUCCAAAAAUGGCUUCUGUCUUCUUUAUCAGACGUUGCUCAUAUAGAAAACAAAAAGUGUAAAGCACUACGUGCAUAGCGCUUACAAAUCAGGGUUGUAAAAAAACUGUCCUUUCCCCCAUUCCAUUGUGUGAAUGGCCUUUAGAUUUUUAUCAGUGCAUACUUGGUCAUUUUUCCUUAACGAAACAUUUUAAAAGUUACAACCAUAUGGAGGCCGGAGUUUUUUCGAAUGUUUAAUAUUACCUCAUUCUUUCACCCUUUUUCAUUAUGUCUAGUCAUUUUCUCUUUGUUAUUUAUUACAGCUUGUAUUUUCCUUCUUUUAGCACACUGUUUAAGACUUUCGCUUUUACGAUCAUCGUGUUUUUCAUCUCAGGAAAUGAAAUUUUUAAAAGAAAUAAUCAUGGUCAAUCAGUUUUCAUGAUGACGUCACAUUGUGACUGGACCAAUCACAUUGGUUGUUAAUAGUAGGUUUCCAAAGACCGGUGCAUUUCAUCAUCACAAAAUUGUUGUAUAUGUUCUGCAUCCCCCAUGUCAGUCAGAAUAAAAUUGAUAGUAUGCUGGAAA